AUGACGCAGCCAGCACCCGCCAACUGGCGGGGCGUCUCCCAAGCCGGCCGCGCUGCUUCCGCGAGCAAGGCGCGCCCUUCCUCGUCGGCGGCGCGCUCCAAGUCGCAGCCCAAGCAGCGCAACGCCAACGCCAAUGCCAACGCCAAGUCCAAGCCCCCCACCAAGCCCGCGCCCUCCGCCUUCGAGCUGGGCGUGGCGCAGGCGCGCGCGUUCGUCGACGGCGCGACCUCCGAGCAGCUCGAGACGCGGCUGCAGCAGUUGCUGCUGGGCGCCAAGUUCGCGGACGCCGCCUUCCUCAUCGCCGCCAGCGAGCACCUGAGUGCGCGCUUCCAGACGGCGGACGUGGUGCGCCUCAUGCUGGAGCGCGCGCGCAGCUCACACACGCUCGACCAGGCGGCGCAGCUGGUGCGCGACCUGCAGCUCAAGGACAACGACGCGCUCGUCACGCUGCUCAUCAACGAGAUGGUGCGCGCGCUGCAGUUCGGCGCGGCGGUGCGGCUGGCGCAGGAGAUGGUGCCGAACUUCGAGCAGUUGUCGGCCACGGCGGAGCGGCCCAGCUGGACGCCGCCCGCGCUCAUCCAGGCCAUGAUCCGCGUGGGCAAGUUCCGCCCCGCGCUCAAGUUCGCCAAGCAGUUCGGCCUGCUGGACACGUUCCCGGUCCCGCAGCUCGUGGCGGGCAUGCUGGAGACGCGGAGCUGGGAGGAGGCCAUCUCGAGCGUCAUGGAGUUCCAGCUCUUCAAGGAGUUCCCGCUGGAGGCGCUCGCGGUGGAGAUGAUGAAGCAGCGGCAGUGGGCGCAGGCGGUCAAGUGCAUGAACAAGCUGUCCGACAAGGACGACACGCGCGCCAAGUUCUACGAGGCGCUGGUGCGCGAGACGUCGCACGUGGGGGACUUUGUGACCUCGCUGCGCUAUCUGCGCGAGUUCAAGCUGGAUCAGGGCAACGGAGACGCCACGGUGAACUUGCUGCGGUACCUGGUGGAUGUGAUGGUCGCGCAUGGAGAGUUCUACAAGGCCAUCAAGUACGCGAUCAAGUUCAAUCUGGCUAAGAACCCGCUGGAUGAUGCAAUUGCAGCGGCGGAAGCUGCGCUUGCGCUCGCUAACGGUGAAGAGGUGCCACCCCCGAAGGUAGAGGACGACACCGAGUACUUGCCGCAAUACAACGUGGAGACGCUGAUCCGCAAAGCGAUGGAGUACGGGCAGUUCCACGUCGCAACCACGUACAUCAAGAAGCUGCGUCUGCGUGAACGGUUUACUGACGAGCUUGCGGCGAUUGAGAAGGCGCAGCAGACGCAACUGCUCGAGUUCCGGCAGUAUGCACAGCUGCGGCUUGCGCAGUUUGAGGACCCGACAAUCCAGAAGAAUCUGCACUCUUUGCUGGGAGCGCAGGCGGAGGACGAAAUGGUUGAGCUCGAGCCUGUAGAAGUGGAGAUUGUUUUGUCAGAGGAACAGGAGAUUUUCCCGCGCAAGAAGAAGGCCAAGCAGCCCAAGCAGGAAGAGGAGGGGCAGACGGUUAAGAAAGAAGAGCAGACACCCGCUACAGAACUCAGUCAACAAGUCGAAGAGCAGCAGCAAGAGCAGCAGCAAGAACCCAACCCGCCAGCUGAAUCUGCAGGUCAGUCACGCUUUGGCUUUGCACGGGCCUCGUCACCUCCACCCCCGCCCCUUCCUAGUGCCCCUGCCCCGGUCCCUGCUCCUGCAGCACAAGCACCCACUGCUGAUACCGUUAGCCAGCCUCGCAGCAAGUCAGGUCCGCCUGGUAUCUCUGCUCCUCCGCCGGGCCUCGUUAACGUCUCGCAGGGUGAAUCUCAUCAAGGUAGUGCGCAGGAUGGCUCUAGCGGCUUCAACUUCGCCGAUUUUGCCAAGUCCGUCCAGAUCAGUGGCCCCGCACCGCCUGCUUCGGCCCCGUCGUCGCAGCCUCUUCAGCAACCAUCCCAGCCACCGCAGCCCCCUCAACCCCAGCAGCAGCAGCAACCAUUUUUGAACCAGCAACAGCAGGGUCAAGGCGCGUUUGGUCGUCCCAUGCCCCCCAUGCCGAACGGUCAGUUCGCCGGUGGCCCGCCAAGAUACCCCAUGCCGCCGAUGAUGCCGCAGCAGAACCCCAUGUACUUUGCUCAAGGGAACAUGCCGCCUGGAGCGAUGCAGCCUCGCGGCUAUCCGCAGCCGCCCCCUCCUCCCGGUCCUCCCUCGAACAACGGUGGCGGUGCGUUCGAUGUUGCCGCGCUUGCAAUGCAGUUCCACAACUCGGGUAGCAUCAACGGUUCCUCUGGCUUUAGUGCUUUUGGUGGCCCUCGCCCACCCAUGGGCUACCCGCCGAAUGGCCCGCAACUCUACCCAGGAAUGCCUCCCCCACCUUUCGGCAUGCCCCCUCCGCCGCCGCAAUCCACCUUCAAGCCCAGCAUGUCGUACACCUCGGUCACAACGACGCGCCAGAAGAAGUAACAUUUUGGACGUCUACCUACCUACAAGCUUCAACUCCGUACAGUAGUCGCUCAAUCUGCAUAUUUGUAUAGCUGCACGUUUGCAUAUUGCAUGUUGCACGUUGCAUGUAAUUUCCUGGCGCAAAAAUGCCACAAUGAAGAACAGCACCAAUAUUC